CGGUGGUGUUGUCAGAAAUAAUUUCUGGAAAUUUCCUGUGAAGAUACAUGUGGAGUUAACAUGGCAACAGACAGCUUAGUUUUGUGUUACAACAAAGGGUGUGGGAACCGAUUUAACCUGCAAGAGAACAAAGAUGGUGACUGCCAGUAUCAUCCUGGAGGGCCAGUAUUCCAUGAUGCCUUGAAGGGUUGGUCCUGUUGUAAGAAACGAAGCACUGAUUUCUCUGAAUUCCUCAGUAUUCCUGGUUGUGCAAAGGGAAAACAUAAUGAAGUGAAACCGCCAGAGGCAGAAAAACCGCCAAAAUCUGACAAUGAGGUGAUUGUGUGUGCGCCGCCACGUCAGCCAGUGAAACCAAAAGAUCCAAACGACAGACCGUCUAUAGCGGAACCUAAACAGAAACUCAAGUGUGUUGUGGGCGCGUCACUAAAGACAGUCCUAGAAAAGAAACUUCAAGAACUCUCUCUGAUUCAGCAGAAUGCAGACACAGACGGAAAAUCAGAGGAAAUUAAAGUUGGAACAUCUUGUAAAAGAAAUGCUUGUAAAGCUUGUUACAAUGGAGAAGACAGUAAUAAAGAACAAUGCCGGUAUCAUCCAGGAAUACCUGUAUUCCAUGAAGGGAUGAAAUUUUGGUCCUGCUGCCAGAGAAAAACAUCAGACUUUGACAAUUUUCUUGACCAGGAAGGAUGCGAGAUUGGAACUCACAUGUGGAUCGUACCAGAGUCAGACAAACAGAAAGUAGCAUGUCGGACAGACUGGCACCAGACUCCCUCCACUGUCACCAUCUCCGUGUUUGCCAAAGUUGCGGUGCCAGAUAAAUGUGUCAUCGAGGCCAAUCAAGUUUCGUGUAACAUCUUCAUCACCUUUGACGGAGGAAAAAGUGUAUAUGAAAAACAGACAGAAUUACGAGAGGUCAUAGAUCCUGCAAAGAGUGAUGUGAAAAUGCUUGGAACAAAAGUUGAAAUUAAUCUACGCAAGGCUGAUAGUUGUAGCUGGUCUACCCUAGAAAUGCCAGCCAAGAAGGCUGAGGACAAUUCCAAAGUGAACGACCAUUGACGGAAGCAGUGCUUCUAGAGAUUUAAAAUUUUGAAAUUUUUGUAAGAUAUUUGAGAAAUAGAACAAGUUAUUUUGACACGUGAAACGAUUCGGAAGCUGAAAAAAUUUGUAUUUAUUGGACAUCCCCAAUUCAGAAACUUUUAAAGAAGAAUGUAAACUUGAGAGUCUUAAUAAUUCCAAUUUUGACUCUCAAGGUAUGACUGGAUGUAUGAGUUACUAGAGACUGGCAGUGUUGAUAUUUGAACAGUUAACUGGACAUUUAGAAAAGAGACAUUCCAAAUAAAGAUUUUUUUAUAAGUACGAAAAUUGAGUAAAUGAUUGAGUCUGUCUUGUGUAAGAUAGAGUUACGAUCUGUCAAGCAUUUAAUAUCUUCAGUAUUUGUAGCUUUGUGGGUAUUAAAUGUUAUUCAAUGCUGUUAAAAAAGAAAAUCUGUUAUGAAUAUUAAGUAAUAAUAUCCUCAUAACAUGCAUCUUUUUCUGCAUUGGCGAAUAUAAAGUUAAUGGAAAACUUCUAGAGUCUAAAUUGAAAAAGAGAAGAUUUUUGAUAUGACUUCUGUGUAUUUAAGCAUGGGUAAUAAAAGGAAUUUAUUAUGUAUUUGCAUUGUUAGAGAUGCAAUUAACUGAUAAAUUCCUCUUAUUACACAUAUACUUCAAUACAUACAUGUACAACACUGCUACAUGGGAAUACAUAUUUUAAUGUAUUAAUUACAGAAACACUGAAUGUUAUGUACUGAAUCCCUGCCUCACUAUAGAGAGCUCGGAGUAUUAAACUUUCUUACUAUUUCACACGAGUCACACCCAACUAUACCGAAUUAGAAUCUCACCGUCCUUGAACUGUCAGGAAUAUAGACUAUUUCACUUGAAAUUCAUACAACUUGCUGAAAUUAUCAAUCUCAGAUUUUCACUAAUCUUUAAUGAUAGGGAAAUGAGCGAAAUUCUGUUACCCGAUAAUUACAUAAUCAAGAUGGUCGGUAAAAUUUUGUUGAUUUUAAUAUCCGGUGUUGAAUACUUGCCAUUGGUAUAUAUCAUCCACACACACAUCAAAUUUGAUGAAUUGGUAAAUCUUUGGAAGGCAUAUUGAUAUUCAUCAUCAUACUUUUUGUACAUGUAGAAUUAAUCUACAAAAUGCCCUUUCUACCUUUUCAAAAUAUGUUGUGUUUUAACUACAAUGAGGCAAUGAGAGGAAAAUUUCUGUAUGUGUUUCCCAUUUCGACAUUUGAAAAUUAUUAAAGUUUCCAAAGUUAAACAUUUUGUAUAUGACAUGUACAGAGAUAGCACAGUUUGUCUUUUGUUUCCAUAGUGACGGACAUGGCCCAUUUAUAUAGUUGUCCUCAUUUUACAGUUUGUCUAAAUAAAUAUUUUCACUAACAUGUGUUGCAUUGGUACUUUAAAUGCUUUCUCACAUUUUUAUUUUUUCACCCUUUGUUUUUUUUUUGUUCAGUUUUCAAACUGUUUGGGAACUCCAUGUAUUUUGUGCCUUAGAAAUGUCACAGUUGACUUUAUGUAAAUAUUUGUACGUCACACACAGUGUAAUAUAUAUAAUAUAAGUGAUAAAUAUAAUAUGAAAUUGAGGUACAAUGUAUAUACAAAAUCAAGUCAGACUUGAAGACGAAAAUCGUUUUUAUUUUUCUACUAAUUUGUGCAAUUUCAAAAACAACAUAUAUCAUAAUGGUUGUAUGUAGACCUAUCACAAUUUUGACUAGUCCUUUGUAUCAUAAAAAUAUUUACUGUAUUAUAUGACUCAUUUUUCAUGGAUGAUGAUUUGGUCAAAGCACCUCUCAUAGAUCUAAAUAUACUGAGAUGUUACACCAAAACCUACAGAAUCUGUACUGCACACAAGGUGAAUAUUAUUAAAAUUAAGUGACCGAUGCUGUAUUUUUCGACCAAUCAGAAUCGCGGAAUAUUACACCCGAGUUUAAUAUAACAGUCCAAAACUUCAUCCGGCACACCACAGGCGAAUUGGUACAUUGUUUUUACUACACAUGGUUAAGAUUGUCAAAAAAAAAACGUUCUACAAUAAAACAGUUAUUGACCUGUUUUCUGGUGAAUAAGAGGAUUUAUUAACCCCUAGAGUGAUAUUUUCCUCCCAUCUGGCCUCUGGAAAUAUAAUUCUCACAUCAAUCAAUCUUCACCUGAAAACAUAUCAAUAAAUAAAUAACACAUAUCAUUAUAUAUGAUUAUAUGAUAAAAUUAAUAAUAAAAGAACAAUGUUACGCUGCACCCUAAAAUGAUUUUUAGAUUCUGAUAAACUCGACAUAGUCUAGUUGCAUCAACGUUCAUUUUCUUAACGAAAUUCAGGAAAGCAUAAUUAGAUAUAAUAGAAAAAGAUAUGUAAUGAAAAAAAAAUAAAGUGAAUAAAUAUUAAUGAAACUAAGUGUUCAUUGAUAUUUAUUAGUGUCAGAAAGGUGUCGGCUGAUCAUUUAAAAAAAAAAAAAAA